UGUCGCACCGGACUAUACACACCCUGUCAGUCCCAUUGCCAGCCCAACUGUCACGACAAAAGCCCAAAAUGCACCCGCAUUUGUUUGCCCGGGUGUAUUUGUCCCAUUGGCACCAUCAGGGCUCAAAACUGUGGGCCAAACGGGCAGUUCAGUGAAUGUUCGGCCCAUUGCCAGCCCAACUGCAAUGACAAUAACCCGAUCUGUACUCGAAAUUGUGUGCCGGGAUGUAUUUGUGGACCCGGACUCAUACGCUAUAGCAGUACUAAUGGCAGGUGUAUUAAACCCAGUCAAUGGUGCGUUAACGGCCGGUACAGUAGCUGUAGCACCGCCUGUCCCACCACAUGCCAGAACUUACGCCGACCACCGGAAGUUUGUGCAGCCGUAUGUGUGGCCGGUUGUGUCUGUAACCGGGGUUACGUUCGCAGGACUAGUAAUAGUAACCCACGCCCCAAGUUGCCAUACCCUAACGUCCAGCCGACGACGCCGUAUGGCCUGUAUAAUGGUGUGUGCGGCCCAUGCUCACCGGGAUGUGUUUGUGCGCCCGGACUCAUACGCUAUAGCGAUGCCAUUGAUAAGUGUGUGGCACCGGAAGAGUGCGGCUGUUGGGGCUGA